GCAUAUCAAUUGUUGCCGAACAACAUGCCUCGCCCCGCGAAGAAGCAAAAGCUGGAGUUCAGCGACAGCGAAAGCGAUGCGGGUGUCCAGCUCACGGGAAGCGAAGGCUUCAAAAUCAACGAGGCAUAUGCCGCGCGAUUUGAGCACAACAAGAAGCGGGAAGAAAAGCAACGAUUGGAAGAGAAAUAUGGCAGCGGCAGCGGUGUGGGAAGCAAGCGAAGGUUUGAUGACGACGAGGACGAUGAUGAGGACUCGAGUUCCGACGAAGAGGAGGACGACGAUGCAGAGCUGGCCGACGAGCGUGUCGAUGCUGAGAUCGCAGACGUGAUCCAAGCCAUCCGGAAUAAGGAUCCCAGGGUGAAAGAUCCCAAUGCAAAAUUCUUCCAGGAUUUCGAUCCCGAGAAGACCAUGUCGAAACGGGACGAGAAGCCAAUGACACUGCACGAUUACCAGCGGGAGAGACUGCUCGCCGGCGAUGUAGGGGAAGAUGGGGAAGAGGCUGGAGCACCGGUACAGACCUACCAGCAAGAGCAGGAUGAGAUGCGCCGAAAGCUCGUCGGUCAAAUGCAUGCUGCCGCAGAGCAUGCGCAGCCGAGCGACGAUGAGAGCGACGACGACGGAGACGACAUGCUUGUUCGCAAGAAAAAGAGCAGGCACGAGGACUUGCCUAGUGCAACGACGAAGUCGAAGCAAAAAGUCGCAAUCACAGAGCAGGAUGUGAACAAUGCCGACAAGGAUCCGGAGACAUUCCUGUCCAACUUCAUGGCAGCUCGAGCCUGGCUGCCCAAUGAAGGGGCUCGCUUCCAGCCGCUGGAAUCCGACGAUAGUGAGGACGACCAGAGAGCUGAGGAGUACGAGAAUCUUUACAAUUUGCGCCACGAAGAUCCGACAGCGAAUGAGAAGUUGAAAUCGUUCUCGCGUGAUGUGGGCAAAUAUGGCGUCCGAAGAGAAGAGAAGACAGGACGCGCUCGGCAAAGAGAACGCGAGAGGGAAGCAAAGGAACUUGCCAAGCGACAGCGCGAUGAAGAGAAGGCGCGGUUACGGAAACUCAAGGUCGAAGAAGCAGAAGAGAAAGUCAAGCGCAUCAAGGAGGCAGCUGGCCUACAAGGCAAAGAGCUUGACCUCGAGCAAUGGCGAGAUGUGAUCGAAGGCGAAUUCGACGACGAAAAGUGGGAGCAAGAGAUGAAACGCCGCUUCGGAGAAGACUACUACGCCCAAGACGAGGCUGGAUCGAGCGAUGAAGACGAAGCAACUGGAUCUCGGAAGGCCCGCAAGCCCAAGAAACCCAAAUUCGACGACGACAUCGACAUCAACGACAUCAUACCUGACUUUGACGCCGAGCUCGAACCACAUGUCACCUUGACCGAUGACGAAGACGACGAGGGCGGAGCGCCUCUUCCACAGGACUCCGACGAGGAUAUGCCUGAUGUCGACGAGCCAUCGCAGAAGAAGCGUAAAACGAAGAAGGACCGCGAGAAGGAGAAGGCAGAUGCUAAGCGAGUAGCCCGCAAGGAACGAGCCAAGCUAGAGGAGAUGAUCGAUUCCGCUCUUCCGCUCGACCACCCGACACUGACAACGGCGGCUUCACACAAGACUCCAGUCACUGGUUUCAGAUAUCGCGAAACCUCGCCGACAUCAUUUGGCUUAUCUGCUCGAGACAUCUUGUUUGCUGACGACACUGCACUCAAUCAGUACGCUGGACUGAAAAAGAUGGCCGCAUUCCGUGACCAAGAGAAGAAACAACGGGACAAGAAGCGCUACAGUAAAAAGCAACGGCUGAAGCAAUGGCGUAAAGAGACAUUUGGCACCCCUGAUGAGCCGACUGGCGGCUUUGAGCGCAUACUCGGGAACCUUGGCGACCAAGUCAGCACGGGAGCAAACCAUGUGAGUGUGGGAGACACCGCACAGAGCAGUAGCAAUGUGAAAGAAGGCACGAGAAAGAAGAAAAGAAAGAACAAGAAGGCAAAGACGACUGCCUGAAGGCGUAAGUAAUUGCAUGUCUAGACUCGAAUCAACGUGGAUGUCGCCGCACGUCCUCCGCUUUCGAAUGCACCAUUAGCUGUGCGAGACUGACCUCUCUUCACCGCGGCUACUAUCCCAACUUCGACACACCGGUAAACGCUUUUCCAGAUACCCUGUCAAGCAAUUGAUUCCCUCUUUGACACACACGCCAACUGCGAGCACAGUCACUCGGUCAUAGCAUCGCUGGCGUGCGCAACGCACGCCAAUAUCCAUCUUUAGG